UCAGCGGCUGCCUCCUUUACUUGGCUCUUGGGUUCCUUCAAAAGGGACUCCUGUGCAUUCACAGUGUCCUCAGCUUCUGGGUGGCUCAGGACACUUAAUCCACCCGGAAAGCCUGGCCCCAAAGAUGGAUCCAGAAACUGGGCAAGGGAGACUUAACACAAGGGUAAACUGGUCCAGGCCUGGUCAAGUCAAGUCAGCUGGGCACUGCGGAGCCAGGCGCUGCAGGGAGAACAGGGGAGAGGAAGCCAGACCCUCUCCACUGACCGGUCACCUCCAAACUUUGCUAGGCAUUACUCCCCUUUUAGGGAUCAAUGAAAUAGGUUGUGGACACAGGAGACAAAUAGGGGAGACAUUCUCAAAAAUUCCAAGGAGAUUUUUAAGUGCUCCCAAGGCAACAAGGCGCAGCCCAGCCGGGUCUGUUGGGGCCUAGCGCGGGUAGCGGGGUAGGCGGGGCCUCGGUGGUAAGGGGAGAGACCUGUAAACGCCUGCCUUCCCAAAACCACUCUCUCUGCGACUCUGAGAAGCACCCAGCUGUUGUUUAUCCCCCAGAGCAGCAAGCUGGUCAUUUAUCUCCUCAUCCUUGAUGUUAUAAAGUAAAGAAUGGUCUAUUAAACUAAGUUUGGGCAUCUAUCUUCUCACAGCUGCCUCCUGGCCCGCACUCCCCGCAGGGGAGGCCGCGGGCGUGGGCUGCAGCCUCCCAGCCUCGGUCCCCUCCCUCUGUCCCCUCCCCUCUUCCCUCCCUCUCCCGCACCUCCUCCCCCUGGUUAUUUGGGAGAUUAGAGUUCAUUAAUUAAAUCCUGUGCUUACAUCGAACUGUAACAUUAUUCCAAUCACAUUUAUCUUGCAGGCGGCAGAGGAGAUGGCAGCCUCGCUGGAAACGCGCGGGGGAGCCUGAGCCGGCGGCCGGAGACGCACGACACGGCGCGCUCCCUCGCCAGCCACGCCGCCGCGCGGCCCCUCCAUCUUCCUGCUCCGCUCCUGCCCUGCUCGCCCCUGCCUCGGGGGUCCCCGUGGCCACCCGGGCUCCCGCGGCCCUCCCGCGGCUUGCUCGCCCGGGUCCCCUCCUCCGCCCGCCACACACGCUCACGCGCGCGCGAACACACUCACACUCGCACACGCCAGCGAGCCGCUGGCCGCUUGAUGGAUCGAUUUCCCCGCUUUCCCUGAUCCCAGCCCAGCCCGGGAUGAGAAAUUGCAAAAUGGCCCGGGUCGCCAGUGUGCUGGGACUGGUCAUGCUCAGCGUCGCCCUGCUGAUUUUAUCGCUCAUCAGCUACGUGUCCCUGAAGAAGGAGAACAUCUUCACCACUCCCAAGUACGCCAGCCCCGGGGCGCCCCGAAUGUACAUGUUCCACGCGGGAUUCCGGUCACAAUUUGCACUGAAGUUUCUAGACCCAUCAUUUGUGCCCAUUACGAAUUCUCUCACCCACGAACUCCAAGAGAAACCUUCUAAGUGGACAUUUAAUCGGACAGCGUUUUUACAUCAAAGGCAAGAAAUUCUUCAGCAUGUCGAUGUAAUAAAAAAUUUUUCUUUGACCAAGAAUAGUGUUCGGAUUGGACAACUGAUGCACUAUGAUUAUUCCAGCCACAAAUAUGUUUUCUCUAUUAGCAAUAACUUCCGAUCGCUCCUUCCAGACGUGUCACCCAUUGUGAAUAAGCAUUAUAAUAUUUGUGCUGUGGUUGGAAAUAGUGGGAUCCUGACAGGGAGCCAGUGUGGACAAGAAAUAGAUAAGUCAGAUUUUGUUUUCCGUUGCAAUUUCGCCCCUACGGAGGCUUUCCAAAGAGAUGUUGGAAGGAAAACCAACCUUACCACCUUCAACCCCAGCAUCCUGGAAAAAUAUUACAACAAUCUUUUGACCAUUCAGGACCGAAACAACUUUUUCCUCAGUUUAAAAAAGCUUGAUGGGGUCAUUCUUUGGAUCCCUGCAUUUUUCUUCCACACUUCAGCAACUGUUACCAGAACAUUAGUUGACUUUUUUGUUGAACACAGAGGUCAGUUAAAGGUUCAAUUGGCUUGGCCUGGAAAUAUAAUGCAACAUGUCAACAGGUACUGGAAAAACAAACAUUUGUCGCCCAAACGGCUGAGCACAGGUAUUCUCAUGUACACCCUUGCAUCAGCUAUAUGUGAAGAGAUCCACUUGUAUGGAUUUUGGCCUUUUGGAUUUGACCCCAACACAAGGGAAGAUCUUCCAUACCAUUAUUAUGACAAAAAAGGAACCAAAUUUACCACCAAGUGGCAGGAGUCCCACCAGCUGCCCGCUGAGUUUCAGCUGCUGUACCGAAUGCAUGGGGAAGGGCUCACCAAGCUGACGCUGUCACACUGUGCCUAAGAACUCUGAAUGGAAAGUGCCAAAUGGCCAUUUAAAAAGUGCCCCAAAUCAAAUUGAAUAGUCUUCAGAAUAGAACCCUAGAGAAUGUCUUAUAAGGACUGUCUGCCGCUUACAAGGAGCGAUGUCUUUUUCCCUCUUUUUUGCACUACUCUUUUAAGAGUUUUAGCAGAUUUUUAGCAGGAUGGAUGUGUUAAAGCCCCAUGAUGGAAACUUGAUUGAUAAAGGGACUGUUGCAUUUGGAACUCUGCUGCUAACGAAAUGGUUUGAAGUAUUUUCAUGUUUGUAUUUUAAUAAUAAACUGCCUCCAAUUUUUAUGAGGACUAGAGCUAUAGUUUCUGCAGCUCUGCUCAGAUAUAGUCCUUAUAACAGAGGCCUCUGGCCAAUUGAGGCAGCAUCUCGGUUUUGCCAGUGGGAUUAGACUCUUCAAAAUGGAAACAAAAAACUGGUUUGCAUAUCUCACCUCUCUCUUUUUCUCUCUCUCUCUCUCCUAUCUUCUCUCCCUCUCCCUGCACCCGUUCCCCCCUACUACCGUGGAGUUUAAUAAUUUGCUAGGAAUCCUAUUGAAUUAGCUUGCUUAUACGUAUUGCAUUUGUACUUGAUGUGUUUAAGGCUCUGGGUAACUUUGAUAUUUCAUGACCAACCAAGUAAAUCAUGAUGGAUUCACUCAUGAUUACUUUUAUCAGAAAUGCCUCUUAAGAAGUCCUCCCCAGAACACACAGUCCUUCUGCCGCAGGGCAUGCUCUGUGUCGUGAGAGGCACACAAUACAGUGCACCUUCCAAGAUCACAAAGAAAGCCCAGGUCGUGAAUGGCAUUGUGUCUCUUGACAUAGGUGCUGUUAUGGCUAAUCAUAGCAUUGUAGCCAUAUCUGCAAGGACAUUCCAGCCUAGGUUUGGUGCCUCCCACAAUCUCAACCCAAGCACUAGGCUGGCUGUUUUCUCAGAAUAUAGAUGCAAGGUGUUAGCUUAACCCCUGGGGCACACAAAGGAAAAGGAAACAGUAGUUUUAGAGCUUGUUACAGAAUCCUGUACACCCUGAAGUGGUGUAGCCAUGUUACUCAUUCAGAGCCUCUGAGAACCAGCAGGGUUAGGGUGGAGGAGAAGCUUUGAGGCUGGCCAUGCCAGGCCCCCAUGCGAACGGUGCCGAGUGGGGUCAUUGGUCUACCACGACAAAUCUAGAACCGUUUGUUGUCUUCAAGAUAGGUGUAAACACUAGACAUUCCCUCUUUCCAUUGAAGUCAGAUCUAUAUGCCUACAAAUUAGGCGUUUCAAAAGAGAUCAUUGUGCAGGGGCAAGAUUUGGUACGAAAUAGCCUUUGGAAUUUGAGAUUGUAUAGACCUGCCAUGAAGAAAUUAGUUGACCAUUCUUGUUUUCAUGAUUUCAUCCUUAGGAGUAG